GGGGGUGGGGGGUGGAAUACUGCUGGCUGGAUGCUGAGCCGCUCUGCCCGCCGAGUUCCCGCCCGGCCCUCCCCAAUCCCGAACCCUAGCCGCAGGCUGCGCGCCCCGCGCCCCUUCGGCGCCGCGCUCUGGGCCCGCGCGCUUUAAUGCAGCAGCUCCGCACUCCGCAGCUCCACGUCUCCGCUGCCUGGGACGCUCCCCGACGGCGCCCACCCUCGCCCGGAGCCCAGCGUCCUUGCCGGCCCCGGGAGUGGGUGGGUCAGGCCGGAGGCAGCCCUCCUGUGGCAGGAUGUUCCUGUCCAAGUCCAACUCGGUGUCGCCCUCGCCGUCCCUGGAGCAGGCUGACUCGGACGCGUUGGAUAUCAGCACCAAAGUGCAGCUCUACGGUGUGCUGUGGAAGCGGCCCUUCGGGCGGCCGUCGGCCAAGUGGUCCCGGCGGUUUUUCAUCAUCAAAGAGAGCUUUCUUCUUUACUACUCUGAGAGCGAAAAAAAGAACUUUGAAACCAAUAAAUACUUCAAUAUACAUCCUAAGGGCGUCAUCCCUCUGGGGGGCUGCCUGGUGGAGGCCAAGGAAGAGCCCAGCAUGCCCUAUGCCAUGAAAAUCUCCCACCAGGACUUCCAUGUACACCGUGGCCCCUCUUCCUGGCAGGGGAACAUCUUGCUGGCAGCGGAGUCCGAGUUUGAGCAGGCGCAGUGGCUCGAGAUGCUGCAGGAGUCCGGGAAGGUGACUUGGAAGAAUGCCCAGCUGGGAGAAGCCAUGAUCAAAAGCCUGGAGGCCCAGGGGCUGCAGUUGGCCAAGGAGAAGCAGGAGUAUUUAGACAAACUGAUGGAAGAAACCGAAGAACUCUGCCUGCAGAGAGAGCAGAGAGAGGAGCUCGAGCGCCUUAACCAGGUGCUGGAGGCUGAGAAGCAGCAGUUUGAGGAGGUGGUGCAGGAGCUGAGAAUGGAGCAGGAGCAGAUCAAGAGGGAGCUAGAACUGACUGCAAGAUGUCUCAAAGGUGUGGAACAAGAGAAAAAGGAGCUGAGACACCUCACGGAGUCCUUGCAGCAGACAUUGGAGGAACUCUCCAUAGAGAAGAAGAAAACCCUGGAAAUGCUGGAGGAGAAUGAGAACCAACUGCAGACACGGGCCAAUCAGAGCGAACAGCCCUCUCCUAGCGGGGGUCUCCAUAGCAACCUAAGGCAGAUCGAGGAGAAGAUGCAGCAGCUCUUGGAGGAGAAGCUCCUGGCGGAGAAGCGGAUGAAGGAGAACGAGGAGCGCUCACGGGCCCUGGAAGAAGAGCGUGAGUUCUACUCAAGCCAGUCCCAGGCACUGCAGAACUCGCUGCAGGAGCUGACGGCCCAGAAGCAGCAGGCGGAGCAGGAGCUCAAGGCCGAGGUGAAGGUCCGCAUGGACCUGGAGAGGCGUCUGCGGGAGGCAGAGGGGGCCUUGCGGAGCCUGGAACAAGGGCUCAAUUCCAAGGUGCGGAACAAGGAGAAGGAGGAGAGGAUGCGCGCUGACGUGAGCCAUUUGAAAAGGUUCUUCGAGGAGUGCAUCCGGAAUGCGGAGCUGGAGGCCAAGAUGCCAGUCAUCAUGAAGAACUCCGUGUACAUCCACAAGGCGGCCACUCGCCGCAUCAAAAGCUGCCGCUUCCACCGGCGCCGGUCCAGCACCUCCUGGAAUGACAUGAAGCCGUCCCAGUCCUUCAUGACCUCCCAGCUGGAAGCCAACAACAUGGAGGAGCUGAAGGAGGUGGCCAAGCGGCUGAGCCGAGACCAGCGCUUCCGGGAAUCCAUCUACCACAUCAUGGUGACUCAGCCUGGACCAUCCUCGGCGCUUCCCCGGGGUGGAAAGUGAUAGGCUUUCCUCCCUGUCACCCAAGUCUUUUGUGGGUCAGGCUGGGAAGGGACAGCAGGGGAGGCUGGCUCUACCUGGCUUCUCUCAGCUCUCCUCUGGGCCAGAGCUCCACCUGGGACCAGUCUCACCCUCAAAGGACAGGGACACUACCUCCCUCACUCCCACCCCAAACCCUCCCUUGGGUGUCUACACCGAACCCAUGCAGGCCCAUGCUGGGUGCUGCCUGGUUUGUCACGGUGAGGCCAGGAAGGGGCCUGGUUGCAUGUAGACACUUUUAUUUUGGUUGGGGAGUGGGGUGGGCAGGGACCACAGCCCUCUCUUGUGCCCGCUCUACCUCUCUGUGACUGCCAUCCUGCCUGUCCUCCUGUGUGAAGGCUUCCCCUUCCCACCUUGACACUUGCAUCCUCCAGGGGCUUCCUAACCCUCUCUUUGCUUCAGAGACCCAUAGACAUCACUCAGUCACGGCCCUCACUUCGACCAUAUUAUGGGGUAGGGAAGAAAGGGACCUAGCACAGCAGCUCUGGGUUCACAGCACCCCAUACAGCCACAGUGCCCCCUUUCCUGAGGUUGGGCCCUGUUCACGUCCCUCCUCAGGUGAGCUCACCCACCUGCAGCCUCAGCACCCUAUGAGGGUGAUAUAACCCCCCCCACCACCACACACACACACACACACACACACACCCAUAUACCCCCCGCAUGGGCCCUGGAUGGGAGCUGGGGCAGCAGUGAUGCUGAGAGGACGCAUAACAAGUCAGGGAGUGGAGCAAGGUGGUCCUGGCUCCUGCAUUAUCUUCUGGUUGGGCAGGGAGGCAGCUCCCUCUGGCUACUGUGGCCUUGCUGGUCUGUGGGAUCAGAGACAUCUUCCUCCCAGUCGCCUUGUUGCCUCCUCUCCCUGCAGAGGCUUUACCCAAAGAAGCAAUGUGACCAUGGACCUGGAAGAUGGGGGCCUGGGCCUGUAAAAUGGCCAGUAGUCAUUUGUUGGCCCCAUGUCAUCAGGAGUGGAGCUGAAACAUCUAUCUGCAGCUUUUGUGGAAGAACACCACCCACCAUGGGGCUGAGGGCUGUAGGGUGUGUCCCUCACUACCGACAGACAGUCUGUCCAGCUCUUCUCCGUCUAGGUCCACCUUCCAAAGCUGCCUAAGUCUGUUGGUCUCUCCAGAAAAGGGGGUCUACCUGGGAUCAGGGUGCCCAGGGACACUGGUGGUAUUAAAGGUGCUGAUUCUCUCUGCUGCUUAGAAAACAGAGUGAGGAGCCCAGUCUGAGAGAUGGACAGGUGGCUGCAGGGUGAGUCCCGGCAGAGGCGCAGGUCCCGAUGGACUUGCAUGGGACUAUUCUAUGGGAAGAGCAGUGCUGACUCAAAACUCAUGCAUGUCCACUGCUAGACUAGCCACCAGGCUGGACUUCACUGCUCUGUGUUCAGACCUGCCUGGUAAAACUAAUCUCCAUGGUCCCUCUUCAGUGGUGGGUAGAUUUUGAUGGUUUCAGUGAGUCUCAUCAGGGUCUAGGCGGGAACAGGGGUGGAGGUGCUUCAAAAUCAAUGCAUCUGAAAGGGAUGAGCCUAAAUGUAAAAUCUUUAAACCUGUAGAGACCUGCAUAAACCUGGAAAUCAUUUAUCUAACAUGUAUGUAGGAUGGACUUUGAAAUCAGGGGCAAUAUUUAUAAAACCAAGGUUACUGUUUUAUUUUUUGUCUCUUUGUUUUUAAAGAAUUAGAUUAAUAAUGGUUUGCUCUUGGAGAAAUAUCUUUUGGAAAUUUUCAAAUGCAUUUUUUUUUUCUGGGCAAGCUAUUAAACAGAAAGGAAAGUGUUUUCCACGCACAUUCACCAAUCCCUAGCUCCUUUUCUCCUGUUUUACCUUGUACUUAACCUUGCCUCAGGCAAGUCUGGGUUAUUUUCAACCAAUUGGUCAAUUCAUACAUAUUUAUUUAUUAAAAACUCAUUAUGUACCUAGCACUGUAAAUAAAAAGCAAAAUCCCCAUGUGAAAAUAUGUAUAGGUGGGAAUUGCUUACUGGAAAUAUAUUGAUCUGAUUUUUUUUUUUAAGAAAAAAAAAUCAAAACCCUUAUUCCUUGGCCAAUUAAAUGUGUUUCCUGCAGUA